AUGUUCAAGAAGAGGAAAUUAAAGAAGAACAAGAAGGAAAAGGCAUCGAAAAGGAUCAAGAUUACUGAAGAGGAAGAGAAAGCAAAUUCUAGCGAAGAAGAGCCACUUAAUCUAACUAACUUUAAGAAAUUGAAACAAGAGGAAAUUAAUAGUAAAAGAUGUAUCGCAGCUUCCACGGCUGAAGAGAAAGUCAAGAAACAGAAAAUUUGGAAUCAAAAGAACGAGGAAAUCAAAAUGAGUGGGUCUACUUUCAAAGCGAACAGGAAUCUUGAAUCUGGAAUCCAAGACACUGAAGAGCUUGACAAUGUUGACUUAGCUCAGCUAGAACUCAACCAAGAUGCUUAUGAAAGGGAACUCAGAAGAAUAGAGAUCAGUAAGCAGAUCAAAGAAGGAACGCUAGAUCCCAAAGUUUACAGAGGGCAGCACGGAUACGCUAAUUACUUUGAUAGAACAGAGGAAGAUCUAAAGAAGAAGCAAUUUAACGGAACUCUUGGCCCAACAAAGAAGGAAAAUUAUGUAAAAGAGAGUGCUAGAAUAGACUAUAAUCCAGAACUUUGUAAAGACUACUUUGAAACAGGACACUGUGCUUUCGGAGAUACUUGCAUCUUCAUCCAUGAUAGAACAGACUAUGCAUCAGGACACCAACUUGAGAAAGAUUGGAAUAAUAAGCAAAGGAAGUUACAUAAGAAGUUAAUGGGCAAGAAAUACGGUGAUCAUGCCAUAUCUGACUCUGAAGAUGAUAAUAUAAGCACUAAGUGAGAGGAUAUUGAUGAUGAAGGUUUGCCUCUCAAAUGAAAAAUAUGUAAUGACUACUUCAAGGAACCUGUAAUCACUGAAUGCCAACAUUAUUUCUGUGAAAGCUGAGCUCUGAAACAUUAUAGAACUGAUAAGACUUGUUUUAUAUGUAAGAAAGGAACUAAUGGAAGCUUCAAUGAAGCUAGUAAAAUUACAAAUAAAUUAAGCAAAAUGUCAUGGCAACAGAUUACUAAUUAUAGAUAUAAGUUUUCAGCGGAUCCUGGUAAUGAGAGUAAUCAUGAGGAUGAGCACAAGCAUGGAGAAUCAACAGCUUGUUGUUCUAAACCAAAGCCAAAACUGACUGAAGAGGAGGAGCAAGAGGAGAUAAUGAAACAAUAUAUUGAAAAGCAAAAGAAAAUUAAAGAGAACAACAUGAAGCCCACAGCCUGAGAUUGGGUUAUUCCAUAA